GCAGCGCAUACUUCAUGAUCGAGCGACGUGACCACACGCAGUUAACCGCAAGGCAGUGGAAUGGCAUGAUUAAAUAACAACAGUCAUAAUUCCCCGAACCGAGAUUCGAGUCACAGACGGAGUCAGAUCUGCGUUGAACACACUAUUAUCUUCAAUUCCAAUUAUCUUCAAUUCUCUAACUUUGCCCUCUCCCUUUAACGUGAAUACCCUCAUAAAUGGUGUCGAGUGAGGAGAACCUGCUUAACUGAUCUCACAAGUUCCCUGGCCGUCCGACUGCGCCCUGAGGGAGUUGCUUUGCACCACGAAAGCGCCCGGUGUUGCGGUUCUCCUCCUCUCCCCUCCAACACUAAAAACCAAGAAGGAGAUUUCACUCAAGUCGUGCUGUUGUUUUAUGGAUAUCACCGCUGAGAUGACCCCAAGGUGAGGCCAGAAAGCUGACCAGCAUCCUUGUCUGUCCGUGCAUCCUCAAGAGCUCACCUCCACAUCUGAUUGGACAAUUGGAGUCCCUGAGGAAAACAAAAUGUCUGCCGCUAUGAGCGCCCCCCUCCUGGCCCUCCUCCUCCUCCUGCUGCCCUUGGUGUCUAGUCUCCACCACUCUGACUGUGUCAUCAAGAGAGAACACGAGAAAUGUAUGGAGAGGAUGGCAGAGGAUGACCCAGAAAACGACCUAGAGUUUAUGUGCCCAUGGUUGUGGGAUAACCUGACGUGUUGGCAGCCUGCCCGGGUGGGAGAGGUGGUUGUGGUCAGCUGUCCAGAGCUCUUCAUCCAGUUCAUGAGCGAGGAGGAUGAUGAGCUAGGGAAGGUGAGUCGUAACUGUACGGAGGACGGCUGGUCUGAGACCUUCCCUCACUAUGUGGAUGCCUGCAUGUUCGACAAACCCAACGGAACCCACGAGCAUCCGGACAUGUACUACGUGUCGGUGAAGGCUCUGUACACGGUGGGGUACAGCACCUCUCUGGUUUCUCUCUGUACAGCCAUGGUCAUCCUUUGCAGGUUCAGGAAGCUGCAUUGCACCAGGAACUUCAUCCACAUGAACCUGUUUGUGUCAUUCAUUCUGAGAGCCAUCUCUGUCUUCAUCAAGGACGGGGUCCUGUACGCAGAGGAGGACAGCAACCACUGCUUCUUACACACUGUGGAGUGUAAGGUGGUGAUGGUGUUCUUUCACUACUGUGUCCUAUCUAACUACUUCUGGCUGUUCAUUGAGGGCCUGUACCUCUUCACUCUGUUAGUAGAGACAUUCUUCCCUGAGAGAAGAUACUUCUACUGGUAUACCAUCAUUGGCUGGGGGACCCCCACUAUAUGUGUGGUGAUAUGGGCAGUACUCAGGCUGCACUUUGAUGACAUAGGGUGUUGGGAUAUGAAUGAUAAUGCUGGUAUCUGGUGGGUGAUUAAGGGACCUGUGCUGGCUUCUAUCAUGAUCAACUUUGUCCUCUUCAUCGGCAUCAUAAUCAUCCUUGUCCAGAAACUGCAGUCACCAGACAUCGGUGGGAACGAAUCCAGUAUUUACCUGCGUCUGGCGCGUUCCACCCUGCUCUUGAUCCCUCUGUUUGGGAUCCACUAUACUGUGUUCGCCUUCUCACCCGAAGACGUCAGCAAGAGGGAGAGGCUGGUGUUUGAGCUAGGCCUAGGCUCCUUCCAGGGCUUCGUUGUGGCUGUUCUCUACUGCUUUCUGAAUGGAGAGUAUCUCCCUGAAGGUGCAGUCGGAGAUCAAGAGGAAAUGGCGCAGCUGGACGGUGAACAGGUACUUUGCUGUGGACCUGAAGCACCGGCACCCUUCGUUGGCCAGCAGUGGGGUGAACGGGGGAACGCAGCUCUCCAUCCUCAGCAAGAGCAGCUCUCAGAUCCGCAUGUCCAGCCUACAGGUCGAGUCGCCAGCCACCUAAGCCACCUGAACUUCAACGGUGAAGCCCAGGACCAGAGCCAGGGAGAGACCACCACUACUACUACUACUACUACUACUACUACUACUUCUAUCACCCCUACACCAAGACCCAUCAGCCACUUCCACACUGGACCUGAUACUAUGACCAACCUCACCCCUACACCCAACCUCACCCCUAUACCCACACCCAACCACGGACCACUACCAGUGACCAGCCUCACCAACCCAUACCCUUUCCCCAACCCAUAUCCAGACACCACCAACCCAUACCCAGAGACAACCAACCCGUACCCUGACACAACCCUGAUCCUGGACUCUGGAGAACGCAUCCCGGACCCUCCUAACUGCACUGCACCCAAAAGCCCAACUGAGCCCUUCAUAUAACGAACUGGAUCAACAACUCAACCCUAAUAAAGCCAUGCCGAAUCAAUCACACCUAAACAAGCCCAAUCCCUAGCCCUAUUCAAACUAACCAACCUAAUACAAUCCAAACUAGCCCAACCCCUAGCCCUAUCCAAACUAACCCAACCCCUAACCCUAUCCAAACUAACCCAACCCCUAGCCCUGUCCAAACUAACCAACCUAAUACAAUCCAAACUAACCCAACCCCUAGCCCUAUCCAAACUAACCCAACCCCUAACCCUAUCCAAACUAACCCAACCCCUAGCCCUGUCCAAACUAACCAACCUAAUACAAUCCAAACUAACCCAACCCCUAGCCCUAUUCAAACUAACCAACCCUAAUACAAUCCAAACUAGCCCAACCCCUAGCCCUAUUCAAACUAACCAACCUAAUACAAUCCAAACUAGCCCAACCCCUAGCCCUAUCCAAACUAACCCAACCCCUAACCCUAUCCAAACUAACCCAACCCCUAGCCCUGUCCAAACUAACCAACCUAAUACAAUCCAAACUAACCCAACCCCUAGCCCUAUCCAAACUAACCCAACCCCUAACCCUAUCCAAACUAACCCAACCCCUAGCCCUGUCCAAACUAACCAACCUAAUACAAUCCAAACUAACCCAACCCCUAGCCCUAUUCAAACUAACCAACCCUAAUACAAUCCAAACUAGCCCAACCCCUAGCCCUAUCCAAACUAACCCAACCCCUAACCCUAUCCAAACUAACCCAACCCCUAGCCCUAUCCAAACUAACCAACCUAAUACAAUCCAAACUAGCCCAACCCCUAGCCCUAUCCAAACUAACCAACCUAAUACAAUACAAACUAACCCAACCCCUAGCCCUAUCCAAACUAACCAACCUAAUACAAUCCAAACUAGCCCAACCCCUAGCCCUGUCCAAACUAACCUACCUAAUACAAUCCAAACUAACCCAACCCCUAGCCCUAUUCAAACUAACCUACCCCUAUCCA